AUGAGCCUAAAUACAGCGAAAGAAAAACAAGCAUGUUCAGACCUCCAGCUCAAGGAGAUCGAAAAGUCUCGCGAUCGUAAUAACACUCUACAAUCUUAUCCCACUAACUUGAAUGAAGACAGAUGGCCCGUUUCUCAAGAAGAUGGCAGUUUUCGAUGGGUAACUGGUAAAGACGCUCCAACAGAAAAUAUUUUCGAGAAAUCUCAAAACGAUUCCAGCUCUGACAAACCUGAUAGACUUCAUUUCUAUCUUUAUACCCAAACUUAUAAUGCAAGUGAUCCUGUUGAGAUCGAUAUGUACAAUCCGGAAACAUUAGUCAGAUCAACAUUUGACUUUAGGAAUCCUACUGCUUUUAUGAUUCACGGUUGGAAAGAUGUGUGGUCAAGUGGAGGAACUGGAUCAAUUCGAAAUGCAUUAUUUCAAAAUCGAACGAUAAAUUUUAUAUCUGUGGAUUGGAAAGUUUACAGUAACUUCGAGGUUUAUAUGAUUUCUCAAAAACUGUGUUCAAAAGCGGGAAAAGUUGUGGCGCAAUUUAUUGAUUGGAUGCAUGACAAUGCCAAGAUGCGUUUUGAUACAUUGACUUUGUAUGGUCAUAGCAUGGGUGCCCAAGUGGCUGGAUUUGCUGGAAAGAAUGUUAAGCGAGGAAAAGUUCACACCAUUGUAGGAAUGGAUCCUGCUUUACCUUUGUUUCCCUACAAUGACCCAACACGUCGAUUAGCUUCAACUGAUGCUGAGUAUGUAGAAUCUAUUCAUACAAAUGGUGGAUAUUGGGGUUUCUAUGAGCCACUUGGACACAUUGCUUUCUAUCCGAAUGGUGGAAAAAAACAACCUGGAUGUGAAAGUGAAGUUGAUGGUCUUUGUUCGCAUAUAAGAGCUUUGGAGUUUAUUGUUGAAGCAAUAAAUUGUCCGGAGACAAAUAGUUUUCAUGCGAUUAAGUGUGAACGGUUUGAGGAUGUCGAGGAAGGCAAGUGUGAUCAAUAUGAAAUAAUAAUACGGAUGGGCGAUUCAAGUAACGCUCAUGGACCGAGGGGGAUAUAUUACUUGGAAACAAACAGUGAGUCGCCAUAUGCAAAAGGAAUUCCGGAGAGUUUAGAAAAAAAGCAAGAAAUAAAAAAGCGUAUUCUCAGUUGAUUUGAAA